AUGCUGUCGGAGGAGGAGCCUACCCACUCUUUCAAGAUACUCCUCGUGGGCGACAGCAGCGUGGGCAAGUCCUCCUUACUGGUUCGUUUCACCACUGGUGGUUUUGAGGAGCUCGUCCCCACUAUUGGUGUGGACUUCAAGGCAAAGGUUGUGGAAUUGAAUGGAGAGAAGAUCAAGCUGUCCAUCUGGGACACGGCCGGCCAAGAACGUUUCAGGACGCUGACCAGCUCAUACUACAGGGGCGCCCAGGGAAUCAUCUUGGUGUACGAUGUGACUCGAAGGGAGACAUUUGAGAGUCUUGAGGAGGUCUGGCUGCGGGAGGUCGACAUGUAUGCCACGGUGGAGGAUGCGGUGAAGAUGGUGGUCGCCAACAAGACGGACUUGGAGGAAGAGCGCCAGGUCAGCAGAAAGGACGGCAUUAACUUUGCACGGAAGCACGGCGCGCUCUUGGUGGAGACCAGUGCCAAGGGCAACAUCGCAGUGGAUCAGGCAUUCGAGGAGUUGGUGCUGAAGAUCUUGGAGACGCCAACCCUGCUCGCAGGGACGAGUUCCAACUUUGGGCUGAAGCCCAAGGCCGCCCAGCAGCAGCGGGCGUCCAGCUGUUGCUAG